UCUUCUCAGCUCUUACAGAGAUAUUUUUCAUUUCUAUUCUUGUUUUUUUCCCAAACAAUAAAAUUUGGAUUUUUUUUUUGGGUCGUCCUCCAUAGUCCAUACCCACCAAACCAAACCCCAACCCCAUCCCCAAAAAUCUCGUCCCUUUGUCUGUUCGAAAACACCCCCCCAAACUUCGCACUCAGUUCCCCCUCUCUUUCCCCCACAAGAAUUCGGGCUGCAGCUGCGAGAGGAGCUCUUGAUGUUUACUUAUAUACCCACAUGUGGGUCAAAAGGUCCGUACGUCCAUGGCGAUUCUCACGAAUUCAUCACUGUACUACCAUUAGUGGCAUAGGCUCCAAAGAGCAAAGGGAAGAAAAAGCUCGGCUUUUAUCUGGGUGGUGUCAAUUGGUGAAAGUUUGAAGCUUUUUUGGUGGGCAAAAGGAAUUAGUGGGGGUCUUCACGGAUCUGUGUGAGAGAGCUUUAACUAAUCAUAUAUAUAUAUAUAUAUAAUAAUUUGUAUGUGCGUGUGUGUAUCCUUAAGAGAGGCAGAAGGGAGAAAGGAGCAGGAAAACAAGGCAAAUCUGGGGCUUGGCUCUGAGGGCUCAACACCUGUCACUCGCAAAAUCAAAGCAUAUCCCUCCAACAUUUGUUUCUGGGCCAUUUUAGCUGCUUCUGCUGCUGAGGGGCUGAGAGGUGUCUCAGGCUUUGAUGGGCACUCUCUGAAACACUGCAAAAAGCUACCACCUUCAUCAGCAGAGAGAGGGAGAGAGAGAGAAGCUUAAUUGACUCUCCUCCUCCUCCUCCUCCUCAUAUCAUCUCAUCUCACUCCUCAAAACCCUGACUUGGACGGUGAUAUCUCAUAGAAGGAAGGGCCCCUAAAGGAAGAAGAAGAAAAAGAAGAAGAAGGGCCAAAAGAAAAAGAAAAGGAAGGGAGGGAAGACAGGCCCCUCUCUUUUCUUAUCUCCACACACCACAGACCAAAGUACUCCCUCCUCUGAAUUAUCGUCAUCAAUGCAUAGGACAUCCCUACCCCACCACCACCUCCUCCUCCUCCACCUCCACUCCAUUCUCUCUCUCUAACACUCCAAACCCUUCUCUUUCUCUCCCUCUCUAAACCCAUUUUCCCUCUUUCCCUUGAGAGGAAAAGGGAGGAGGGAUCUAUCCUUGCUCCUUCUUGCAGCCGCUGCUCUUGUCGGGUCUCGGCCUGAUCCAUCCUUUUUGUUCAUCCUCUUCUUGUUAUUGUUGGUUGUUUCUGGGGGAUUGAGUUCUUGUGAGGCAUGAAAGUGGCAUGGAGGUGGAAGAGAUCCAGACACAAGCCCCCCCUUCCAAGUUCCCUCGCAUCGAUCUCGACUCUCUCAAGGUAGGGCAGAACUACCCACCUGAGGAGGAAGACGACUUGAAGCUCGCGAGGAUGACUAGCACCGGGGCUGCUGCUGAUAACGGCACCAGCCGACUCCGUAGCUGGCACCACUCGUCGAGGAUCAUUAGGGUUUCCCGGGCCUCUGGCGGGAAGGACCGCCACAGCAAGGUCCUCACCUCAAAAGGUUUAAGGGACCGGAGAGUCCGGUUGUCAGUGUCCACAGCAAUCCAGUUCUACGAUAUCCAAGAUCGGUUGGGUUAUGAUCAGCCCAGUAAGGCAGUGGAAUGGUUGAUCAAGGCGGCCUCUGAAGCCAUUGCCGAGCUCCCUUCGCUGAAUAAUUUUCCCCAUACUCCGACGCAGCUGAGCGAUGAGAAAAGGGCCAGUGAGGGAACUGAGCAUGGGUUUGAUUCCGCUAAUGUGGAGAUAGAGGAUAACCCAGACUAUCAGAACCAGAACCAGCAGCAGCAGCAUGUUUCUCUGUCGAAAUCAGCUUGCAGCAGCACUUCUGAGACCAGCAAAGGCUCUGGCCUGUCCCUCUCGAGGUCUGAGAUCCGGGUCAAUAGGGUCAAGAAGUCCCGUGAGCGGGCCCGCGAGAGAGCAGCCAAGGACAAGGAGAAGGACCCACCUCCAGCGCAGGCUCAUCAAGGAGGCCACGGUGCAGCGGCUCCCUUGGCCACUCCAAUCUCUCAGACUUCCUCCUUCACUGAGCUUCUCACUGCCGGAAUUACAAGCAAUAGCAAUAGUAGCCCGUCAGGAUCAGCUCAUCAGCCGAACCCUGCAGGCAGGCAGUGGGCCUCGAGCAGUCCAAUGGACUACUUCAGCGCGGGGCAGUUCCUAUCCCGGGGUCAGAACUUGCCCGGGUUUCUUGGGCAGAUUCAGCUGCCUCAGGCUUUGCCUGUCCAGGUUCCGCCCUUCUCGAUCUCUGGUGAGGGCAACAAUGGUAACGGUAAUAGUAACCAUCACCAGGAGUUGCAGCAUAUCUCAUUCGUUAAUGCGGAGCACUUAAACCUGAUCCCGGUGACUUCAUCCGCUGGGGGAGAGUACAACCUCAACUUUACAAUCUCGCCCUCGUCCGUGUCUUCUUCCUCUUCUUCUCCAGGCCUCAUUGCUGGCUUCAAUAGGGGGACCCUUCAGUCCAAUUUGCCUCACCUACAGAGGUUUACUUCUUCUCCUCACCACCAUGUAGAUGGAUCCACCAACAACUUACCCUUCUUCAUCGGGGCAGCGGCAGUCCCUUCACCAGUAGAGACCAGUCACCACCACCACAACCACCAACACCACCAACACCAGCAGCUCCAUAUCGGGCACUUCUCGUCGGGCAUCGAAAGCCGGCUGCAGCUGUGCUAUGGGGAUGGGAAUCGGCAGGGGAACGAUCACAAGGGGAAAGCUGCAAAGAGCUAAGCUCUCACAACUCGAGAGAUUUUCUCUCGGCCCAUCUUCUUAUUUUCCGUCGAACGCAAGUGAACUGAAGAAGAUGAAGGCAAUCUGACAGCAAAGCUGCAAGAGUGAUCCCAAAGAGGGUAUCGGGAAGUGCCCUUUAGUUUCGUGCAUCCGAAUCUGUUAAGUAAUUUUUGUGCCUACCAUUUUAGGGUCCAUUAUGGAAAGUGUGAUGCGGCAUGUAUUAAUUCUCGUAUUGGUUUUAUGAUUUAUCUUCUCCGCGUGCAGAUCAAUGUCAUUCAUUGUGUUUGAUGAAUAUUUGCUCGAUGGGCAGACGAUUCCGUUGAAAUAAAUUCUUUCUUGCUUGCCCAAGAACUUGCCCGGUC